CUGAGCGUCAGUCUUGAAUAAACGUUUUGCAGAGUGCACGUGUCUUUGAUUUAUCAGUGGCGACGAGGAUAAAAAAAUUCACAUAAAUUUAAAAAUUAAUUAAACUGUGUUGAGAAAAUUAUAAUGAUUGGUCAAAUUAGUGCAUUUGACGUUAAAAACGGCAAUUGGUCAGCAUAUAUUGAACGUGUGGAGAUGUAUUUUUUGGCAAAUAAAAUUGAAGAUGGCGUCAAAUUACCCACGCUUAUAGCGGUAAUGGGGGAAGAUAGCUACGACUUGCUAUCUACGUUGGCCAGUCCGAAGAAACCUUCGAGUCUAACUUUCAAAGAAGUUGUGAAUUUAAUGGAAACGCAUUUGCAGCCGAAACCUUCAAUAUUAGCGGAGCGUUACAGAUUUCGUCAAAGAAGGCAGCAAGAAAACGAAUCGAUUGCCGACUACGUGGCAGACUUAAAAAAAUUAUCACGGUUUUGUGAUUUCUCAACAACACUAGAAGAUAAUAUUAGAGACCAAUUUGUGUGCGGGCUAAAAAGUGAAUCUACAAGACAGAGGCUGUUUGCCGAGGAGAAUCUUUGUUAUAAAAAAGCCGUGUCGCUCGCGAUAAACCUUGAGGCGGCGGAACGUGACGCGGGCGUUGUGGAUCGUUCACUCAUUGUGGAGCAAGUAAAUAAAAUGCAAAUACGUGAGUGUAAAGCAUGUGGGGACACAAAUCAUCGCUGGGAAGAUUGUGUCUACAAAAAUUUUGUGUGCAGCCUCUGCAAAACGACAGGCCAUCUCCGUCGUAUGUGUACGGGACGAGAGAAGACUGGGGUACGCGGUGAGGGCGUGAUGAACAGCUACGGGUACAGUGGCAGAUCGCGCGGGUGGCGCGGGCGAUGGCGCGGGAAGCGUGGCGGUCGAUCACGUGGCGCCGGGCGCGGGGCCGGACAAGGAGCCCCCGCCGACACCUACUGGCUGCAGGGAGCCGCCGGAUGCGAGGCUGGACCGGUGGCCAAAGCGGCGCCGGCGAGCGAGGUGCGCCAGCAAGAGGAAGUAGACUACACGGAUGAGGAGCCGAUCUAUCAGAUGUCCUUAGCUAAGUACAAACCGAUAUAAGUCGGUGUUUGACGGGACCCUGGGCAGGUACACUGGUGGUACGGUGGCGUUGAAGGUGCGUGAGGACGCAGAGCCUAUAUUUUGCAGAGCGAGGCCAUUGCCUUUCUCUAUGCGAGCGCGUGUGGAUGCAGAACUAGAUGCCAUGCUUCAGGCCGGCGUUGUGGAACCGGUGGACCACUCCGACUGGGCUACUCCGCUGGUCAUUGCUUCCAAAGCAGACGGGGGAAUUCGUAUUUGUGCCGACUACAAGGUGACACUCAAUCGAGCCUUAAUGAUUGAUAGGUAUCCGGUUCCGAGGAUUGAUGAAUUGUUUAGCGACCUCAGUGGAAAUAAAUACUUCACAAAAAUUGAUUUAUCACAGGCUUAUAAUCAACUUGAACUAGAUUCAGAAUCAAAAGCGUACACUGUAAUCAAUACACAUAAGGGGCUUUUU